CGGCGUGAAUGUGCCGGGCGUCCGUAAAGCCAAGCUACACGUUUAUAACAGCGGAAGAUUUCCAGCGACGGGGAAAGCAACGUGCAUCAUCUUCCCUGCUCUUGUAUGGAAUCCACCAGCCUAUCACUGCACCCUACGUAGUAGUUUGAAGUGAAGCUCAUCUUCAAUCAAGAUGUUAAUGAUGGUGCCCAGUGCUAGUUUAUAUGAUCAUUUCAAGAAGCGAAUUCUGGCUCAGCAGAGACUCCAAACCCAGUUGCAAGAAUGCAUCCGUAAAAAUGCAGCAAACACUCUUUCUAUGGCCAACAUGUUAAUGGGGCUGUCUUCUAUUCUUUGUAUUUUAAAAGGGCACCAUUAUUGCGCUAGUUGGUUGCUUCUGAUUGGUUAUCUACUUGAUCUUGCUGACGGAGCCGUAGCUAGACAGCUGAAUGCUUGUUCAUCCCUUGGGGCGAAGCUGGAUGACUUUGCUGAUUUUACCACUUUUGGCAUCGCCUCUUCAUUGCUUUUGCCAAUCCACAGUGUGCUGGAUGGACUGCUAGCAAUCUGUUACAUCAUGACCGUCUUCACACGCCUCUGCUUCUUCUCUAGUGGUAUUCCUUUCAUGUACCGAGGUCUUCCAUGUACUUAUGCUUCUGCAAUCUUGGCCUGCACCAACCUACUCAGCGGGGGUAACCUACAAAUUCUACAGCUCACUGCCAUUCUCAUGGUCCUCUUAAUGGUGGACAAGGGUUUAUACCCCCAUGACAAAAUUCUGGAAUCUCAGGGUUGGAAGAAGCUUGUAUAUGCAGGAGGCAUUGUGAUGAUACUCUACUCCUCGGUAACAUCAGCCUGUGUCUACUACCUUGUGUGGUCAGCUUCCUACAUUCUCUUUCCAGCUGCUCUGUGGAGCUACAAGAACUAAAGCCCAAGAAUGAAUAAGAAUGGAACAAGCAAAAAAUGACCCUUACAAAUGUAAUGGAGCGCAGUAAACCCAGUGGACUUUGCGAUCAAGCCAGCCUCUCAGGAUUUGUCCUCAAGCAGUAGCUAACUAGAGGCUAAUAUGAAUAAUUCAAGUAAAAAGGAAUAUAACUACAUACUGUACAUACACAAGAAGAACAUGUAAUGUACAUGGAAGCCCUCAGUCAUAAAACUAAAUGAUGGCUAUGAUGCUUUAGAUUACCAUCUCUGAUCUGCCAUCUCUUCCAUAAAGUCUUGUAUUCAAAUACUGUCAAGCAUUAUUAGAUGUCUGACAUCAUAUGGAGAAGGUCUAGUUACAAGCAUCAUCUAUCUCAUUCUUCUACACGGCCUAAAGGUGGCUCAUAUGCCAGUAGCGUUCUGACACAUUGAGGUGAGCAGAUAAGAGUGUUCCUACUUCAGGCUGAACGUUGUGAGUGUUUUCAGCUUUUCAAGAAAUAUAUCAAAGAGUUGUGUUUUACAAACUUGAAAAUUUUAUCGUCCGAACCUCUUCUGUGAAGAUUUUUCACCCUUUCACUGAAAAUACACAAAAAAAAAACUUGGACCAGGAAGGUGUAAAUGAGGGUCUAACUAGUAGAAAGGACAUUUUGCUCUUUUUAUUUUCAAUCAUGGUUUUAAUUUGUACCUCAGAGAAACAAACCAGAGACAAUCAUCCACUUAAAAAGUGAAUCAAAUCAAGUACCCUGUUGAUGAAAUUUAAUUUACAUAACAUUAUACAUUUUUAAAGCACUCGGUUAAUUGAUGGGCAACGUAGCACUUAGUGCUUCUGUGUCCCAGCUACAGAGUCCACGGUUUACAUGCUGAUCCACACCAUUUCAGGAGGUCUGUGUAUUCUCUGCAUGUCCACAUGAUUUGGCUUCUCUGACCUUUGCUCACAUUUCGAAGAAAUGACAGUUAGGCUGAAUGGGGACUCUUAACUGGUCCACUGUGAAGAAGUGUUGGUGUGAGAGAUCACUUUCUGUGCUGCCUGCAGUUGAUUUAGUGUCAAGAUUGCCUCACACCCACCUGCAACACUUUAUUACCAAGAGUAGUAUAUAUGUUUGGAAAAUAAAUUAAUAAAUGGAUAUGAGUAUUUCUAAGUUUGAGGAAGAAUAUCAAGUUUAAUUAAGCAAGGGUUGGAGUGCGAACAAACAUUUGACUUUCAUUAGGAAAUUGCUUAGAUGAAAAACCCAACUAGGGUUUCCAAGCAGGCCCAAGAUUGAAAAACACUGAUCCAGAAUGUUGCAAACAUGGGCUGCAUGAUGCAAACUCAUCCUGGAAUUUUUAGUCAUCAAAAAACCUUCAUAAUAAUCUGCAUUUAGCAGUAGAUCAUUGAGAAUUAGGGGUCCAAAUCUUUUCUUAUUUGUUUUUCUAUUACCACUGCAUGAUGGAGAUAACACGUUAUGUAACAAAUCUGUUUUUUCAUUUUGAAUUUGAUAUCAUAAGAUUACCUGAAAAUGAUCGAUCUUGGUGAAUAAUGAACGAAAUAACAAACCAUUGAGUUUUGCAAGUGUUUCUCGCAGCCCUUUGUUAUUUGACAUUUAAGUAACUUCUUUGUUGGGCUCAUCCCCAGCAUCCAUGUCACAAAAGCAGACUGUCGAUAACAGGAACAUCGAUUCCAUGUAUUUCAUUAGUCAAGUACAUGUUAUAUUGUCACACCAGACCUGCAAAUGUACAUAAAAAAAGUAAUAAAAAUCAGUUAAAACAUACAGAAAAGCACACAAUAAAUUAAAAUGUCAACUAAAAUGUAACCUAUUAGUCAAAAAUCUAUAAAUGGGCUCAAAAAUGUGACGUGGCUUCCUUGCAAAAAAGAACAAGGAUGAGCAGCGAUAGGCAACAUUUUACAAAAGAGGAUUUAUAACAACUUAUGAAGAAUUUGGGAAAAAUUAAAGAAAUGUUAUUUUCCAAAGCUGAAGGACUUGUCCAGGUACCAGAAUUACAAAUACCACUAGAGAUCUCAGAUUCAACACAAGUAGAGUGAAGAACGUUAGCUGACUCUUUCGGUUUAUCUAAUAAAGGCAGCCAAAUUUUUCUCUCUGUGUUGCAUGGCGUGAAUUGUUCACACUCCCCAUUCUUCUCAUUUUCUUCACUGGCUUCUGUUUUUCUUUCUUCCAUCAGGACUGUCCCUAACUUUUCUUCUGAUUCUCUAUGAUCUCCAGUAGAAAAAUGGAAAAAAUUAGUUUACUCUUUAUUAGGUACACCCAUCUGCUAGUGUUGCACCUCCUUUGGACGUGGAUCCUGCAAGAUGCUGGAUGCUAAAUGGUCUACCUUCAGGGAAAUGAUUGUGUUAUGCAGUUGCUGCAAACAGGUUUGCUGUGAACAGCCUUUUAGACCUAAUCGCAAACAUACAAGGGGGUACCCAAAAAUAACCAGAAUCUGUACCUGCCACGCAAUCUCAACUUAGUUGCGAAUUUCACCACUAGGUGUAGCAUACUUACAAUAUUCUGUGGCAGUCAGCCAAGUGGUGUUGCUCUGUUUUGUUCGUACGCCAUUCCGUGUCGGUUUUUCUUGGUACUUAUUAAACGUGUUCUGUGAUUUUUGUGAUAGGUGAUCAUAACGAACAACAAGUUUGCGUUAAAGGGAAAAUAUCUGCUGAAACUGUAGUGAUGCUUACAACUGUUUUUAAAGAGGACACUUUAAGUAAAGCACAGGUCUAUGAGUGGUUUUCACAUUUCAAACGAGGGGAAAUGUCACUUAAAGACCAACCAAGAUUUUGCUGACCUUCCAAAAUGUGGAUUGACGAAAGUCCACAAUGCAGUUUAUGAAGAUCGUUGUUGGACUAUUGAAGACUUUUCUGAUUUGACUUUUGCGUGUUUGAGAUCUUGCCACCUUCCCUGCUCGCCUGAUCUUUACUCCAUGCGACUUUUUCUUGUUUCUGCAUAUGAAAACAGAACUCAAAGGAAAGUGUUUUUGUACUGUGGAAGUCAAAGCAAAAUCACUGCAGGCAUUGGACAAUGUUCCUCUUCAGCAGUUCCAAAAAUGUUUCCACCAGUGGGAAAACCGUUGGGACAAGUGCAUUCAUUCACAUGUAGAGUAUGUUGAAGGAGACUGAAGUUUCAGUAAGUAAAAUUUAUUAAAACAUUUUUUUUUCAAUUCAAAUUAUUUUUGGGUACCCCCUCAAACUUGGUAGAGUUGAGAUCUGGGGAAUAUGUAGGUCACUUGGGCAAUGAAAAGUCUUUGUCAUGUUCCCAAAAGACUUUGUUGAUGAUACAUGCUUUGUGCAGUUGUGCAUUAUGAUGAUGCAAGUAAAGAAGGGGUGAACUUGGUCAGCAACAAUGUUUAGAUUCACCUUCCCAUUCAGAAGUUCUGUGGGUAUCAGGGAACUUAAUUUGUUCCAGGAAAACUUUCCACACACAGCACCAUCACUCUGACCUGUACUAAUGGAACUUAACAGGAUGACUCCAUAGCCUCCUGUUGUGCAAAAUUCUUAUCCUUCUAUCAGCAUGAUGCAAAAAGAACUUGGAUUUGUCUGAUCAAGUAACAUUUUAACACUCCUCAAUGGCCCAGAUUUAAUUUUUUGUGCCCACUUGAGACGUACAUUCUUGUUAUUUACAAAGAAAAUCAGCACCUGAUUUGAUCUUUUGUAGUCCGUUCAAGACAUAGUCCUGUGACUCUGUGCACACCAGAAUUGAAUUUGCAUCUGUUUGCUUUGUGCGAUUCUCAUGAUUCGCUUUGACUUCUGUGGCCCACACACUAUUUCCUUCUGUAGGACUGCCUAUCACUGGUAUCUUUCUUGUUUUCUGCACCAUUCUUGGUAAAACACUAAAACUGCAGUCUGUGAAAAGCCCAUGAUGACAGACUAUCAUGCCACAUUCAAAGUGACUGAUGCUAUAAAUGCUUGAUUUACACCACACCGCUAUCAUGUGACUUAUUUUGGAAUAAAGAAUUUGUGCGAAGAUGGGAGAGUUAUAAUAAACUGGCAACAUCGUGUAUGUGACUGAUUUUAGGAGUCUCCUUGUCUUAUUACUGCCCUCUACUGUCACCAAAUAAUAUUGUGCGAAUGGAGCUGCAAUAGAAGAGUUGUAGUUCUGCUUCCUUGUGGUCAGUAAUUUACAUUUUCUCAUUUCAGAAUUCCUCAAAUCUCAGUUGCUUUGCUGUGGCUAAAAUAUGUUAACAAAAGCAAGAGCUGCACUUUUCAAUCCGCUUCUGUUUAUUUUUGUGUUGCACUCUUCACUGAGUUAAGCUGAGAGCACUGAAGCAUUUCCUAAUGACUUAAACCAGUUAUUAUGCCCAAGCAUAAAUAUUUUGGGGGGUUUUAGUGAUAAAAUGUGUGACCUUAGAAAAAGUGUUAUUUGGUUUGUUUUAUUUUGAACCCUUACUAGCUGUGCUAUGAACUGCCUAGUCUUGUUUCACGUAGUGAGAAUAUUGACAUUGCCUAUUGGUUCUCUUCUAACUAUCCUAUUAAAAAAGAACAAAGCUUUCCUCUUUUAUUUAAUCUUGUUUACAAAGACUGUAAAAAAUGACAACAUCCACAUCAUCGACAAUAUUUUAUGGACAGGGCAAAAUGGUGUUUUUCUCAUUAGGGAAUGGCUCACUGCUUGAAUCUGGACAAGGCAGUAAUAAUAAUACAAAUGAAACUGAAGUUUGCUCUUAUCUCAUUGUGAUUGAUUGAGAAAUAUGUCUUUAGGUAUUUAAAAGAAUCUAACAUUAUUACCUGUGACUGUGUGAGUGUGCUGUUCUGUAAAUUUAAGAAAUAUUUUAUAGAGUUCAAAAAUGGUUUUAUUUCAA